AAAAAAAAAAGAGGCAACAAAUUUGUAAUAAUUAAAAGAGAGCUGCAUCCCCAAUUUUUUGAAUCAAAUCUCCUCUCUACCCACCCAGAUCCAAUCUCAGGGCUCCUCUCCUCUCCUCUCCUCUCCUCUCCUCUCCUUCCUUCUGAGAUCUGCAAAUCUUCGCAUUCAUAGAAGUAUAUAUACUACCAUCGUCAUUUUAAUCAGUUAUGGAGGCGAUCGAAGAAUUGACUCAGCUUUCGGAAUCUAUGAGGCAAGCAUCUGCUUUGCUUGCCGACGAAGACGUUGAUGAAACGACAUCGUCGUCCUCUCCUUCUUCCAGACGCUCGUCUACUUUCCUCAAUGUCGUCGCUCUCGGCAAUGUGGGUGCGGGUAAAUCUGCUGUUUUGAAUAGUUUAAUCGGACAUCCUGUUUUGCCCACCGGUGAAAAUGGAGCCACUCGGGCUCCGAUAAGCAUAGAUUUAAGUAGGGAUAGUUCCGUAAGCAGUAAAUCAAUUAUUUUACAGAUUGACAGCAAAAAUCAACAGGUUUCUGCGAGUGCUCUUCGGCAUUCUCUACAGGAAAGGCUUAGCAAGGUUUCCUCCGGCAGGAGUCGUGAUGAAAUAUAUCUGAAACUUCGUACCAGUACAGCUCCUCCAUUGAAAUUGAUUGACUUGCCUGGGGUGGAUCAAAGAAUCGUAGAUGACUCAAUGAUCAGUGAAUAUGUUCAGCACAAUGAUGCUAUUCUGCUAGUUGUAAUACCUGCUAUUCAGGCGCCAGAAAUUUCUUCCUCUAGAGCCCUCAGAAUUGCAAAGGAAUAUGAUGCAGAGAGUACCAGAACAGUUGGCAUUAUUAGUAAAAUUGAUCAAGCAGCUACAGAGUCAAAAGCUAUUGCAGCUGUUCAAGCUCUUCUUUUGAAUCAAGGACCACCAAAAACAUCUGACAUUCCAUGGGUUGCAUUGAUCGGUCAAUCUGUUUCCAUAGCAUCAGUGCAAUCUGGAAGUGCUUCAUCCGAGAGCUCUUUGGAAACUGCCUGGCGAGCUGAAAGUGAAAGUCUAAAAUCUAUAUUGACUGGAGCCCCUCAAAGCAAGCUUGGGAGAGUUGCUCUGGUGGAUGUCCUUGCUGGUCAGAUUCGUAGUCGCAUGAAACUCAGGCUUCCCAGUCUCCUUUCUGGGCUUCAGGGGAAAUCUCAAAUAGUUCAAGACGAAAUGGUGAGGCUUGGCGAGCAAAUGGUUAGUAGCUCUGAAGGUACAAGAGCUUUAGCUUUGGAGCUCUGCCGUGAGUUUGAAGACAAAUUUCUCAUGCAUCUUGUUGGUGGUGAAGGUAAUGGUUGGAAAGUUGUUGCGAGUUUUGAGGGUAAUUUUCCAAACAGGAUCAAGCAGCUACCUUUAGAUAGGCAUUUUGACAUAAACAAUGUCAAAAGGAUUGUCCUAGAAGCAGAUGGUUAUCAACCUUAUCUUAUAUCUCCAGAGAAGGGGUUGAGGUCCUUAAUAAAAGGUGUCCUGGAGCUGGCAAAGGAACCCUCAAAGCUGUGUGUUGAUGAGGUGCAUCGUGUACUACUGGAUAUUGUAUCAUCUGCUGCAAAUGCCACUCCUGGACUUGGAAGGUAUCCUCCUUUCAAGAGAGAGGUUGUGGCAAUUGCAAGUUCUGUGCUUGAUGGGUUUAAAAAUGAAGCUAAGAAAAUGGUAGUUGCCCUAGUUGAUAUGGAGCGUGUGUUUGUUCCACCUCAACACUUCAUCCGAUUGGUGCAGAGGCGAAUGGAUAGGCAGCGCCGUGAGGACGAGCUAAAGAACAAAUCUUCAAAAAAGGCGGUUGACACUGAGCAGUCUAUCUUAAACAGGGCAACCAGCCCCCAAACAGGUCAACAAUCUGGAGGAAGCUUGAAAUCAUUGAAAGAGAAAUCCAAUCAGCAGGAUAAAGAUGCACCAGAGGGAUCUGCCUUGAAAACUGCUGGGCCUGGGGGUGAGAUAACAGCAGGGUUUUUAUUAAAGAAAAGUGGAAAACUUAAUGGCUGGAGUAAGCGAUGGUUUGUAUUGAAUGAAAAAACUGGCAAGCUUGGUUACACAAAAAAGCAAGAAGAAAGACAAUUCCGUGGUGUUAUUACUUUGGAGGAAUGCAGUAUUGAAGAAGUUUCUGAAGAAGAAGAAACCUCUUCAAAAAGUUCCAAGGAUAAAAAGGCAAAUGGACCAAGUGCUGAGAAAGGACCCAGUCUUGUGUUCAAAAUAACUAGUAGGGUUCCAUAUAAGACUGUCUUGAAAGCUCACAGUGCUGUUGUAUUAAAAGCUGAGAGCAUGGGCGAUAAGGUUGAGUGGCUAAACAAGUUGAGAAAUGUCAUCCAGUCAAAAGGAGGCCAAGUGCUUAGUGAAUCUGGUCCUCCCAUGCGUCAGAGCAUGUCUGAUGGUUCCCUAGAUACAAUGGCUAGAAGACCUGCCGACCCUGAAGAAGAGCUUCGGUGGAUGUCACAAGAAGUACGCGGCUACGUUGAAGCUGUUCUCAACAGCCUUGGUGCCAAUGUCCCAAAAGCAGUUGUUCUUUGCCAAGUGGAGAAAGCCAAAGAAGACAUGCUUAAUCAAUUAUAUAGUUCUAUUAGUACACAAAGCACAGCAAGGAUUGAGGAGUUGCUGCAGGAGGACCAGAAUGUAAAGAGGAAGAGGGAACGUUAUCAGAAACAGUCUUCUCUUCUUUCAAAACUCACUAGGCAACUUAGCAUCCAUGAUAAUCGAGCUGCUGCUGCAUCCAGUUGGUCUGAUGGUAGUGGAGCAGAAAGCAGCCCGAGAACAAAUGGAUCCUUGUCAGGAGAAGACUGGAGGAAUGCAUUUGAUUCUGCAGCCAAUGGACCUGUUGGCCCAUCCAGGUCCCACAGUCGACGAAACAGUGAUCCAGCUCAGAAUGGUGAUGUAAGCGCAAACGGCAGCCGUCGGACACCAAAUCGGAUGCCACCCGCACCACCACCAUCUGGUUCAUCCUAUAGAUAUUAGAUAAAGCCCGAUACAAAUUCAUUAUUCGUGCAUUAUUGUUGAGUGGGCGGCUGCAUGCUUUGCUCCCACUCCAGCAGGGAACAUUUCUGAAGCUCACGUCAGGUUGGUAGAUCUGUAAGAGUGGAAUAGGCGUGUUUGUGUGUAUAUAUUGCAUUGCAGUUUACAAGUUCUAGAUUUCAAGAUGUAUUAUUACAUGCGCUAAAAUUUUCCAUUUAGUUCUCUCCAAGUUGGCAGGUGGGGGGGGGGGGGGGGAUGAGGCGGUCAUUUUUAUAAUUUUGUUCGAUUUGACAGAUGUAUUUGUUGUAUUGAAUCCCGAGUAGAAAAGCAAUUCUUUCUCGUGGUUUGGAGAAGAGUUGGGAUGCUUGAGUUUGGCCCUCCGCCAUUGUCAACAAGUGCAGACUCCUCCAAUCGAGUGGGACUGCUAAUCUCGAGGCCUUGAUUCAUGUCUUGAUAUGGUGUGGAUAUCCAGGUGGAGGGGAGGGGAGGGGGGGUAUCCCUGUUGUUCUUUUUACAAGCCAGCAGUCCUCCAGAUGUUCCUCCUCCUGUUUCCCGCUUCAUGUCCUCAUCAGAACAGGAACAUGGUUUAUUAUCUUACAUUUUAGACAAAGCAAUGGUGAUCUAACCUUCUAUUUUCCUGGCCA